UCCUCGGACUCCUGCAACGGGGAAGCCGCUUCCUCGCCCGCGGUUGCUGCCAGGGGGGCGCCAGGUUGGAGUCUUCCCCCCCCGCACACCCACCCCCCCGGAUCCAUGCUGGUCCGGAGGGCCGUUGUCCCGGCCCCCCCUGAUGGGGGCUGGGGCUGGGUGGUGGUCCUGGCUGCCUUCCUCCAGUCCGCCUUGGUCUUCGGCGUUCUGCGAUCCUUCGGCGUUUUCUUCGUCAAGUUUGUGGCUCAUUUCCAGGAAUUGUCCGGACGGAUCUCCUGGAUCACUUCCAUCGGGAUCGCGGUGCAGCAGUUUGCUAGUCCAGUGGGAACUGCCCUGAGUUCCCACUAUGGGGCUCGGCCCGUGAUCAUGGUUGGGGGGUUUCUCUCCGGCCUGGGUCUCCUGUUGGCAUCGUUUGCUACCCAGUUGGUGCACUUAUAUCUCAGCAUUGGGCUUCUUUCAGGGUUCGGCUGGGCCUUGGUCUUCACGCCUUCCGUGGCCUCCGUGGCUCGCUACUUCAAGAGGCGCCGCACCCUGGCCACCAGUUUGGCCCUCACCGGCGUUUGCAUCUCCUCCUUCGCCUUCUCGCCGCUCUUCCAAUUCCUGGUGGACACCUACGCCUGGAGGGGGGCCCUCAUGAUCGUGGCUGGCAUGUCCUUCAACCUCGUGGCCUGCGGCGCCCUCAUCCGGCCCCUGACCCUGAAGCAGGACCUGUCCGGCGAAAAGCUGACGGGACCGUGCUGGAAGACCCUCUCCGAUCUCUUCGGCCUGCACCUCCUUUCCCACUGCUCGUUCAUGCGGUACGUGGUGGCUAUCACGUUGGUCAACACAGGCUAUUUUAUCCCCUACGUCCACCUGGUGGCCCGGGCACGAGAACUGGACUUUGACGAGUACCAGGCCGCCUUUUUGAUGUCCGUGGCGGCCGUGGCGGACCUUUGCGGUCGCCUCUUUUCCGGGUGGAUGGGCAGCUACAGGUCAUCACGGUUGAUCCACCUGCUGGUGGUCUGGACCUUCUUGACGGGCGUCUCCUUGCUGCUCAUCGCCUGGGGCCGCACCUACCCGCUCCUGGUGGCCAUCAGCCUCGGCUACGGAUUCUUCUCCGGAGCCCUGACGCCCGUGGUCUUCUCCAUCAUUCCGGAGAUCGUGGGCAUCGAGAACAUCUUCAGCGCCAUGGGGCUGCUCCAGAUGAUAGAAAGCGUCGGGGGGCUUUUGGGGUCCCCCCUGUCAGGUUGGCUGAGAGACCUGACCGGCAACUACGCGGCCUCUUUCCUCGCCGCCGGCUGCUUCCUGUUGGCCGGUAGCCUCGUCCUGAUGACCGUGCCCAAUUUCUCCACUUGUCUAUCUCAGCCGACUUGGCAGGAGGCCCAUCUUGGCAAAGAGGCCGGGGACGGCAGCCACUUGACCUCGGAGGCCCCCACUCCAGAAAAGUGCCUCUCGUGCCCUGGGGGGCCGUUGGCCGAGCAGACCCCCGUGAAGAGCUGAGCGGCUGCAGGAGUCCAAAGGUGGACGUGGAUCCAAGAGCAGGGAACUUUGGACUCUGCAGGACCCGAUCGGAUGCGUGCCGUCGAAUGUGUAAAUGUGCGUGCGAGAAUGCGGAGGGAGUGUGGGGUGUUACUCGCUGCAGCUACACGAGGCCAGGUCUUACUACGGAGUUGAUUUGCCAGUGCCUUAAACCAGCCCUUGGAGACUUGUGGACUUCAACUCCCAGAAUUCCCUCGCCGGGGACUGCGAAACACACAGAAUUCUGGGAGUUGACGUCCGCAAGUCUUAAAAGGGGCCACGUUUGAAGAGCCCGGCCUUAAACCUCUGCCAAAGAGCGGGUUUUUAGGAAAGUCGAAUCCAGGACACUGAAGCAGUGCCCUCUAGUUUAAGCGGGCAACCUUGUGGGUGCAGGCUCAUAGUGCCAAUCCUGAUGGACUCCCUAGCCCCUGCUCCACAGCCCUGGGAUGAGAUGCCCCUUACCUUGCUUCCAACUUUAAGAUCAGACGAUCCUGAUUCAAUGGGAUCUCCCCUUGAUUGUGUUGGGGUGGGGCUGCACGGAGGAGGGGGCUUUGAGGGUUGGGGUCCAACCAGAGCAAGACACACACCCCCCUCCAACUGCCUUGUCAACUGUGGACACAGUUCCCGGGAUUGGAGAGGUUAAACUCCAGCCGGGAUGGCCAAAUCUCUCAGCCAAAACCUGCCUCAGCCACCUUGGUUGCUGUCACUUUCCGCAAUGGGGGACAUACAUGGUUUGGGUACACACUACCCCACCGGGUUUCCCCUUCAUCCUCCCUUCCCCUCCCCAAAUAGCCUCUCUGCACAACUUCAAAUUCCCUUGCAGAAAUUUGCAAAAAUUCCUUUGCACAAAUUCAAAUUCCCCUGCGCAAAUUCGCUUGCAGAAAUUCUUUUACAGAAAUUUUCUUGCAGGAAUCCCCCUGCGCAAAUUCCCUUGCAGAAAUUCCUUUGCACAAAUUCAAAUUCCCUUGCAUAAAUUUGCAGAAAUUCCUUUGCACAAAUUCAAAUUCCCUUGCAGAAAUUCCUUUGCACAAAUUCAAAUUCCCUUGCAGAAAUUUGCAAUAAUUCAUUUGCACAAUUCAAAUUCCCUUGCAGAAAUUUGCAAAAAUUCUUUUGCACAAAUUCAAAUUCCCUUGCAGAAAUUUGCAAAAAUUCCUUUGCACAAAUUCAAAUUCCCUUGCAGAAAUUUGCAAAAAUUCCUUUGCACAAAUUCAAAUUCCCUUGCAGAAAUUUGCAAAAAUUCCUUUGCACAAAUUCAAAUUCCCUUGCAGAAAUUCUUUUACAGAAAUUUACUUGCAGAAAUUCCUUUGCACAAAUUCAAAUUCCCCUGCGCAAAUCCCCCUUGCAGAAAUUCCGUCGCACCAAUUCGCUUGCAGGACCCCCCCCCCUGCGCACGUUGCCUUGCUGCAGAAAUUCCGUUGCGCCAAUUCAAAUUCCCCCGGCAGGAAUUCGCUCGCAGAAAUCCCUUGGCGCAGAUUCAAAUUCCCUCACAGAAAUUCCUUGGCGCAAACCCUUUUGCACACAUUCGCUCGCAGAAAUCCCCUUCGCGGAAACCCCUCCCCCUGUCCGUUCGUGGAUAGUCUCCUUGAGAGCAGAGAGCCUCAGCUGAGGAAGUCGGCGGGGAAUCCAAACCGUCAAGACGGCAUCCGCACGGGGUGUGUUGUUGACUCGUUGGACCUUCCUGCAGCUACCCCUUGCGCGCUUUCGCUAGCUGCCCUCCCGGCUGCUUCUUCCUUCCUGCCAGAUUGAUGGGGUCUCUGCAGUGGGGAGAGGGGGGGGCGUGCAUUUGGGGGAACCUCUUGGGGGGGAUGGCGUGGGGCUCCCCCUCAAGUUGUGGACGUGUGCAAAACGCACCCCUUCUCUUGUGCACCUUGCAGGGGACCCUGGGAUGCCCCCCACCCAUCUCCCCACCCUCAACGGGGGAUCGUGGCACUGAAAUUCUGCGCCAAGGCUUAGCCCAGUGGUUCUCAACCUUUUGAGUGCCGCGACCCCCCGACCGGUCGAGGACUACUCCACCGGUCGUAAGUCAAGGAUUACUCAACUGGUGCAGCACCGUUUGCAGAAUGGGGCUUUUGGC